AAAUCUAAUCACUAUUAUUCAUGAAACAAUUUGAUCACAAUUUUUUGUCAUGGUACAUUCAGUAUAUUGUAUUACAGUAUAUUAUAUUACGUUCAUGGUACAUACCCAUUAACACAGAACGUGCUAUUAAUUGAUAUCUUAAUUCGUGGGUAACAAUAGAAACUAGAAAUUAGAUUCUAGAAAGCGAUCAGUGGUGUGAAUAUGGUACUAUUUAUGUGAUAGACACCGAACAAUUACAACCGUUCUUUAAAGCAAAAUGUUCGGAAACGUAGUGAAGCUCGAUUGGCAGAGUACUGCUGAGGGAGAAACAAUAAUGCAACAUUUUUACAAUCCACAGACAAACGGUAGAAAAUUUUUUGGACUGUUGGAACGACCUAUACUGCCAAACAUAGAAGAAGUGUCGUACAAAUUGUUUUUUGUCGGGAAAAGCGGAGCAGGAAAAUCAUCCACAAUUGCUCGACUAGCAGGGAUAUUAAAUUUUGACGUAGAGUAUGUAGAAACUCGAGGUAUACGUAAAAGUAAUAUUUAUUGGCCUGUCAAAGUGUGGGAUAGAAUUAUUCUUUUUCGACUACAAUGUUGGGACUCUGGUGACAGAGACAUUAAAAAAUUUGGACACAUAUUGCCGGUGUGUAAAGAAGAGGCAGAUGCCAUUGUGUUUGUAUUUUCCUUUACUGACCCUAGUGGAUUAAGUAAUAUUUCAACAAAUCUUCCUAUAUACAUGAACGAUAAAAGUAAACCGGCUCCUAUUGUUAUUGGUACAAAGUACUGUGCAGGUGAUUUUACUGCUAAAGUUACGAUUGAUGACAUUGAUGAAUUUGAAAAAACCCAAAAAAUCACUAUAUUAAAAAUGAACAAAACAGAUGGAAAAUAUGAUUCAAACGAAACUGAGAUUACAGCUUACACAUUAAAUGUAAUUUGUGAACAAUUAUGGAUAAGAGAUCAAAACUAUAUAUUAAAUCAGGAAAUGGAAUCUUCUCAAAUUGUAUAACCGAAGUGUUAUGGACUGUGUUCUACUUCUCAAUAGUAUAUUUAUGAAUCAUAGAAUCAACAAUGAAUUGAUCAAUUAAGUAAACCUAGAUCAUUCUUGAAAAUGUUUAAUGCAACUAAAAUAAUUUUGGUAUUAUAAUAUAUAUUAUAUUGGAUUCUUGGCUAUCGUCCUUAUGAUGUCUGGGACUUCGAGUUAGGAAAAAAAAUUAUAUUCAAUAUAUGUUUCAUAAGGAAAUAACGUAGCGAUAUACUUAAUAUGUAUAACAUAGUAUUUGUAAGUAUAUAACUGUGUUGGUCAAGGAUCUGAUAAUGAGGCAAACAUGGUAAUGCAAAACCAAGGGGCAGUGAUUCUGUAAUUUUUAAAUCUGGAUGGGCAAUUUCAAAACUUAUGCAGCCACAACUAAAGAUAGUUUAAUUAUUAUUACUAACUGUAUUUAAAUAUAUAUGUAUAUUUGUUAA